CGGAAGAAGACGUUCAACACGUUGUUUAAAGCCGUCUAACAGGCUUACUUUAAAAUUCAACAAAAAGUCUGUCCUCCGACAGACAAAAUGGAGACAUUUCUUUCUAUCGUAUUAAUACUAUGUGGACAACUUGUGAACGUACCUGCCGUACAUGCCGCUUCUAAUUCAAGGACGAGUGAAAGGCUGAAACAUUCCUAUCUCGGUUUUCCUCGUCUUCAUUUCACGGGGUAUUUUCACUCGGACCCGAUGACGGCGAAUAAUAGACUGAUCAACCACAACAUGACCCGAAAUCGCGGGCCAAGAAUUCAAGCUGACAGUGAGGGGUUUAACAGUGUAGGAACGGGAAACUUUAUGUUCUACAACGCCUACGUGUCGGGGGUGUGUUAUAUGGACGGAACAUGUACUUCCCAGGAUGACGAAAUACUGGGGCAGUCCGUGGAAGACUGGUUCGACCGAGCUCCUGCUAAACUGGUCGACAUCAGCCCCACCUGCGACACUUUGUCCAACAUACACGGCAUGAAGCUACAGGUGGGCCAGAUCAUCCGGGCCGCCCUCACUCCCACACCAGUGCAGCAGAUGUGGCCGCGGUGCAUCGAGACUCCCAACCUCUCCACCUUCAGUGCCGGGGCCCAGUUUAAAUCGGUCCUUACGAACGUCACGUGGCUGGACGGGGAUCCUGAUUUUCAGUCCCAGUUUGUUGAGGAGCUGAGAGAGAGUGACCCCCAAGCACUUGCCGUUAAGUUUAAUCUAGACCAGUACGACAGCAGAGUGGCCAGCGAUAAGUUCCGCUUAGGGAGACUCGUUGGGACGAUAGGACCUCACCAUCCCGAUGACUCCAUCCCUUUCAUGAGAUUUACCAGACAGCUCCAGGCGGGGGAUAGCGAAUGCACGGAACCCUUCUGCCACGCCCCUUUCUCAAUUGACCAUGCCAUGAAUUUACUUACCAUCGACGUUGGAAAUAGCUUCCGGAGUUCAUUCAAUGGUAGUUUUAACACCCAGACACUGGGGAGGUUGUACGUUGGUUUUCGGCCUGCUUUGGGUGAAAGCUCUGAGGUGGACUGUAACUCGCAGGUCGUGUACGCCGGUGAAAUUAAUUACACCACCGAGUACUGGUAUGAACGAACAGCUGGAGUGGUAACACUGAAUUUAACUGAAACGCUGUCAGGAAAGGCCGUUAAAGAACAAUUGCAUAUCUCUCCUCUUGUAAUAUUUAAAUACAAGAAAGAAAAUGGAACUUUGGUCUGCCAAAAGCCGGUAUUGGUGGAGAGGCAUCACGGGUUAACGGUUGGAGCUAUGGUCACCAAUACCUACAGAAAGGAACCAGGAGAAGCUUGGACUUUUCAGUUGUUCGCAAGCAAAUUUGGUGUCCCGCAGCCUGGUGUUGAGUUAAGCCUGAACUUCGGUGGGGAACACUGCCCCAUGCAGAUCUGCGGGCCCUGCACCACGGGUUUCAGCACUCCCCAGUCUGCCUUGUCCUUCCCGCCGUUUGUGGUCACAGACAAAGGCGGAUUUGCAAAUAUCCCGCUGAUGGCCUAUGAUCCGAUGGAGGGAGCCCCAUAUCCUCAUGUUGUAGAACUUCAGGGCUCACAGCUUUAUCUUCUCUUUAUCAACAUGAGCUUUGGAGGCAUAUCCGAUGCAGCUCUGUUCCAUUUAGGAGCACGGGUGUUUCAAAUUUACCACGUGCCCGACACGCCGACGUGGUACGACCACGUGCUACCUACACUGGAGUCCUAUCACAAUCUGUUCCCCGUGAUGCGAUCUUUUGUUUAUCUGUCUGAUUAUAACAGCGUGCUAGAGAACAAGGAUAAGAUGAAAGCUGUUCUGUCUUUGCCCAUCGAUGAUCCCCAUCACAUGCCGACAACGCGGGAUCUGUCAAAAAGUAAGAGAAAGAUGUUGUUGGGCUGGCUUGAAAACCCAAUACUAGGUCAGCCUGCGCCAUCCAUCGAGAAUCUCCGCAGCCUUCUCCAGCAAGCUCUGGAACUUGAACUGAGCACUAUUCCACCGUACCUGACCGCACUGAUGUCUAUAAAAGAGGGGUUCAACGUGGAGACAGGGCGGCGGAUCAAGAGUGUUGUGGUCCAGGAGAUGCUUCACAUGGCCCUAGUGGGGAAUCUGCUGAACGCGGUGGGCGGUUCUCCAUCCAUUGCCUCCACAUUAAAUGCCCCGCUCUAUCCCAGUAAGCUACCGGGAGGUGUACGUCCAGAUCUGGUUGUCUCGCUGCAGAAACUGAGCCGAGAGUACAUUGAAACUAUAUUCAUGGAGAUCGAGAAACCAUCCCAGUUGCUUUGUUCUGAAUGCAAGUUAGACUUGAGUGGAGAUGGCUUUUUCCAACAGACUUGUUUGGCUAGUACCAGUACAGGCUGUGGGCACCUCUGUUCCUAUAGAGAUACAAGAGGAGCGAUUUCCACUUUUUAUAACCGCAUUAAAGAACUACUGAUCACGCUGAGUGAAACUAAAGGUGCGACAAUUUUUACUGGGAACGUGUUGACACAAAUUAACGCAACUUUUUGGUACGGGAGAGACGCUGCAUUGUUUCCUUUUGCUAUAGUAGAUCUUCAGUCGGCAUUAAAAGCUAUUGAGAUAAUAACGGAGCAAGGGGAAGGGAGUGACGUAUGUACUCCAGUUUACCGCUCCCACGAUCUGUCACACUACUUCAAGUUUGCGGAGAUUGUUUACGGUAGGGAAGUUAGGAUAUCGAGUGGGUCUGGUCUUGGUGAAGACAGAGCAUGCACAAAGAAGUCGUAUUCAAGUGACACGUGCGCCAAACAUUCGUUGUUAAAUCCUGGUCGCCCGGAGGUGGUGGAAAAUAACCAAAAGCGUUUCGAAAGAAAUGGCAAGUGCUCACCCACUGAAGAAAAUGUUUACACUCCUGAGACAGAGACCCCUGUGAAAUGUGAGACGAUCUACUCUUAUUCGGGACCCAGGAUUGCGUUUAGCAGUGAAGGCGUCUGGCCGAUGGUGCCAAAUCCUACGGUCGGCAAAUUCAAGAACAACUCCAUGGCUGUGAUGAUGGCGGACGUGUUUACCCGAAUGUACUCUGGACUCUUGUAUUGUCUUCAGAAAUGCUUCUACGGUUUUCCCACGGAACUGAGAAACUGCAUCGGUUUGAUGCAUGCUUUGUAUGUGCAAGGACAGAGACUUGUUCAGACUCCUUUGAUACACGGGGGAAACCCCGAUAUUGGUCCAAAUGCGGGGCCGACUUUUAGGUUCAUCGGGUUUGAACUAGGAAAUGACGACUGACAUCCUGUAUUUGAUGUUACGCGUUUGUUAAGGCAUUGUAUUAUAUACUAAACUGAGAAUUAAACCGGUGGGGCAUUUUGUGCACGUGGAUGUGCCGGGUUACAUAAGAACCAAAACUCGAAUACGUCUCUUCCAAAUCUGAGUGAAUUAAUACUCCAGCAGACUAUGGUAUUUUAUUUCGUAACACCAGUUUCAUAAAAUAAUUUUAGACCGAAAUUUGGCCUGAACUUUAAGACAGAAA